AUGAUAAUCCUCGAACCACUACAGCGGAGAACAGCACAGAGCUGCUAUGAGGAAGCACUUCGCCUUUCUCAGACAGAGGACGGUUCAGCAACGCCGACCCCGGCAGCCCCGGACGCUGUUGACACCGAGUAUCCUACUGAGAUCCGGAGAUACAUCAGGUCGAAUGGGCCACCCCCGGAGACCGUACUUGGUGAUGAAGGCUCCCUCGGCGAUUCGCUUGUGGCAGCGCCGGACGCUGUUGGCAUCGAGUAUCAGACUGAGAUCGAGAGAUGCUUCAGGUCUAAUAUGGCACUCCCAGACAUCCUACCCGUAAAUUCAGCAACGAGAGCUAGAGCGAGCCAGAAUGCUAUUAGUGAUAAACACUCCCUAUCCCAAGGAAAGGCGCCGAUCCGAAAGAGGUUUAACGCCCGGCAGCAGAACUGUAAAACGGCGAGCGUUGCAAAAUAUUGA